AUGAGUGCUGUUGUUUAUAUGGUAGAGGAAUGGAUUGAUCCAUCACUUUCUUGGAAUCCAAGUGAAUUUUCUAAUAUUACUUAUACCUGGUUACCAAUAGAUAUUAUUUGGGUUCCUGAUAUUAUUAUUUUUAAUAUGCUUGAAUAUGUUAAUUUAUUAGAAAAUAUUAGAAUGCCAGUAAAAGUUUAUUAUGAUGGAAAAGUUGUAUAUUCAUAUCCAGCAUUGUAUACCGUAAUGUGUCAUAUAGAAAUAGAAAAAUUUCCUUUUGAUGAACAACAAUGUUCUUUUGAUAUUGCUUCAUGGGGAUAUUCAGAAGAUAAAUUACUUUUAAAUGUUUCUAAUAAAAAUUAUUUAAAACAUUACAAUGCAAAUGAUGAAUGGGCCUUAAAAAAGGUUUAUAUUGAACAAACUUCAUAUGAACACGAAGGAACAGUUGUUUCAGAGGCAAAAUAUCAUAUUCAAGUGACAAGAAAACCAUUACAUUAUGUUGUUUCAUUAGUUAUUCCUUGUUAUAUUGUUUGUGCUUUAUCUAUUGCUGGUUUGUAUGCAAGAUUUUCAUCAAGAAGAGAAAGACAAGAAAGAUUUACUCUUGGUGUUACAUCAAUAUUAUCAAUGGCUGUACUUUCAUUAGUUGUAUCAGAAAAAGUUCCUCAUAGUUCUUUACAUGUUCCAUUAUUGAUAAAAUAUUUUCUUUUUCAAAUAUUACUUGUAACAUUUGCAACAAUUUUAACAUGGCCAAUAUUAAAAUUUCAUCGAGAAGCAUUUAAACAAGGUGGUAAAAUACCACCAGAAUGGAUUUUUAAUAUACUUUUAAUGAAAUGGAAAGUUAAUGGAAUAAGAGAAAAGUAUGAUGAUAUAAAAAGGCAACAGAAACAACUAAUAACUCAAGGAUGGACUUCAAUAGCACGUCGUCUAGACUAUACGUUUGCUAGUUUAUUUCUUUUUUUAACAACUGCUCCUACAAUUUAUAUUUUGAUGAGUUGUGCAGAACGUUUAAAAGCUGAAGAUUAUGGAAGUUUACUUUAUGAAAUUGAAAAAAUUUAA